AUGGCACGCCGCGACCAGUGGAUAUUCAGCGAUGAGGAGGUGCUCCACACGCCGAGCGUGGCUGCUGGGCUGAGCGCAUCCGACGAACUCCGCGACCGAAUCCGCGGCGUGAACUGGCUUCUGCGAAUCGGGGUAACGGCGCGCGUACGCAGCGACAGUCUCUACAAUGCGUGUUUAUAUUUCCACAGAUUCUAUAUGCGCAAAUCGCUCCAGCAGCACGAUGUGGAGCAAACCGCACUCACGUGUCUUUUCCUCGCAUGCAAAGCGCAAGACGCCAUGAAGCACGUCACGCAGUUGGCUGCACUCGCCGUCUUCAAACACCGCUCAGACACCGCUAAGGCCCAAGGAAGGGCUAUGCGCGAUAAGGAGCCAAUGCAUAUCAAGGACGAGCCUGAUGUAGUGCGGUUACAGGAAAACAUGCUGAGUUGCGAAAUUACCCUCUUGCGCACUCUUACGUUCGACCUCGCGGUGCGGCAGCCUUUCCCGCUAAUCGUAGACGCUGCUCGCUCCUUACAGCUCAAACGCUUCGAUGUGGUCAUGAUGCAUGCCGUGCUAAAUGAUAGCAUGCGCUCUAAUAUUGCCCUCUCUUACCCUCCCCUCGUCGUAGCUCUCGUCGCUUUUACCCUCCCUAGCGCUGUUGCUGACGAGGCCUAUCUCAGUGGGACUUAUAGAGACAUCAACUGGCAGGAUCAACGAUGGCUUGGCGCGUUUGGCGUGGAUGUCAGUGCCGAUGUGAGUGAUGGACAUGACAAUGGCGAUCAGGCGCUGCAGCCGGGCAAGAGAAGCAGGAGUGUGAGCGGUGACGGUGAUGCUACAGCUAACAACAGCAAACGCAUGAAAGGUGAGAGUGGCAGUGGGCACACUAAUGUGCAUAGUAGUCAGGAGGUGAAAGCAGACUACACAGACAGACCGAAUGACGCAAACAAUAAUGCCCCCUCUCAUACACCUACUCACACUCACGCUCACCACCUCCUCAUGGACACGCGCGACGCAAUAAUCAGAUUUGCGAUGAUCUUUCGGUAUCUCGACCGCGAUGUGCGCGCGCGGCAGCAGGCCAAUAAGGGGCGCAUUGCCGCGCUCCUCAGCUGUUUCCCCAAGCGACACGAUAGUGUAUGGGCGGAAGACGAAAUACUGGGGAGUUUCUGA